AUGGCCACGGCUAAGCAGGAUCAGAACCAGGUGCCAAACCCACGCCUGUGGGGCUUGUCGAUGAGGCAGAUUAGAUUCAGAUUUGAUGGACAACCAAUUAAUGAAACAGACACACCUGCACAGCUGGAGAUGGAAGAUGAAGACACUAUUGAUGUGUUCCAACAGCAGACAGGUGGAGUGUGCUAA